UUUACUGGUUUGCCAAUAUUAAACGAUGGCAUUGUGACGUGUUUUUCCUUGCCAACGGUUCUCGCCCACCUGCUGUGCGUGGGCAGCAAUAAGCCGGAAAAGAUCCCCGGAAGGAAGCGCAGGAAAGCCCAAUGAAACAAUACACGGACACGGCUCCAUCUUCGUCGUGCUUGCUGUACAGCAAUCUGGGAUCGGGCAAGAUCCCAUCGAAACAGCCGGGGUCGACGAUCAUAGAAACCGGCAUGUAUCUGCGCGACUGGCGGAAAGCACUGCGAUCGCCCCCGUCGUACCGGAUAGGGAACCGCACGAUCCGGUUGCAGGUACAUUUCACCUGGGUUCUGGCUACGUUAUGCGCCUUUCUGCUGCUGGUCCUGUACAUCUCCUCGAGUCCGACAUACGUGAAUGAUGUGGCGCCCCCGCCGCCGAACAGUUUUCUGAAAACCACGGUCAUCGUGUACAAUCACACGUAUCCGCUGACCAGUCCCAUCGUAAGCAGUGGCAUAUACUCGUUCCGCAUCGGCAUCAUUGCCGAUUUGGACACCAGUUCAGCCCUGUCGAAGAACCAGUGGGGAAGCUUCUAUCUGAAGGGCUACCUGAGCUACAUUCCUUCCAAGCGAUCGGUAACGGUCUCGUGGGACGAGGGUACGCCCAAGGCCCUUCAGUCGGGCUUUGCCCUCAAAGGCCGAGGAAUGGAACUGUCGGAGUUGGUGGUUUUUAACGGAAAACUUCUCACGUUUGACGAUCGCACCGGUUUGGUGUACGAAGUGGAGGGUGACCGCGUAUUGCCGUGGGUCCUACUGAUGGACGGAGACGGACGGACAGGGAAGGGCUUCAAGGCGGAGUGGGCCACGGUCAAGGAUCAGAUACUGUACGUGGGAUCGAUGGGCAAGGAGUGGACUACGGCGGCCGGUGACUUUGAAACCAGCGACCCUAUGUACGUGAAAGCCGUUACGGUUCAUGGAGAGGUCUAUCAUCUGAAUUGGAUAAACAAUUACAAAGCAAUCCGGAAGGCGAUCGGCAUCGACUGGCCCGGCUACAUGAUACACGAAUCCGGUGCCUGGUCCGACGUCCAUCGGCGGUGGUUCUUCUUGCCGCGGCGCUGCUCGCACGAGCGAUACAACGAAACGCGCGACGAGCACAUGGGCUGCAACUUCCUCAUAUCCUGCGACGAAACGUUCCAGAGUAUUCGCGCCAUCGAACUCACGCGCAACGGCAUUCCGCCGACGCACGGGUACUCGAGUUUCAAGUUCUUGCCCACGGCCAACGAUGAAGUAAUCGUUGCCCUAUCGACCGAGGAGCUGAACGGCAAAACGUCUACCUUCGUCAGCGCAUUCACGAUAGAAGGUGAACAGCUGAUGGCCGAGACGCGCAUCCCGACCGAAUACAAGUACGAGGGCCUGGAGUUUAUCUAGACAGCUCUUGUCCUUUAAGUCGAUUGCAAACUGUAAAUAUCGCCGGUUAGAUCCCCUUGAGUUAGCAGCUCCGUAGUUAGACAAAAACUGUGCUCCUGUUACGAAUUACGACAUUGAUGCUCUUGAAAAAGAACGAAACAAACCACGACACGGAGACGGGGAGACAAAGUAUUAGAAGACAGCUUGUCGCAAGUUUCAGUUCCAUAUCUGUUCAACGCGCUUAUCCAAUGCCAAAAAACUGUACGCCAACCGCUACAGAGAGCAAGUGUCGGUCCUGUCGGCAAAGCGCGAAGCCAUUCCGCUUUUCGACCGCAGACACCAGCAGGAAUCAGGUUAUCGCUCUGUUGUGAUAGUGGCGUUUUGUUGCUCUGUACAGGAAUUAUGUUUUAAAAUAAAACAAUUGA